GGCUGAGAUAUAUAAAUGAGCCCGUUGCUGCAGUGCCCCAUCUGGGAUUUUGAGCCAGGGCACUGGCGCAGACACACACGCACGGCGCUGGUAUCCCCCCGGCACCUCGCCCAGAAGCCCCCACGCCAGGGACACUAUCACCCUCUGAACUUUUCUCCUUCCAUCUAUCCCGCCGGCAUCAUGAGCCGCCCAGGACUGCUCGCCGUCCUGCUCCUGGCCGUGCCGGUCAUCUCCCUUCCUGUGACAAACGACAUGAAUAAAGGCGACACUAAGGUGAUGAAGUGUAUUGUAGAAGUCAUCUCUGAUACUUUGUCAAAGCCAAACCCCCUGCCAAUCAGCGAGGAAUGCCUAGAAACACUCAGAGGAGAUGAACGAAUCAUUUCUAUCCUUCGCCACCAAAAUUUAUUGAAGGAACUUCAGGAAAUUGCUGCUCAAGGUGCCAAUGAGAGAACUCAGCAGCAGAAGAAAAACAGUGGCUUUGAAGAUGAACUUUCUGAAGUCCUUGAAAGUCAGAACAAGAACAAGCAGAGAGAUGCAGCAGGGGAGCACCCUAAAGAGGAGCAGCCCACAGGGUCCCUGACUGAGCUGGCAGCACAGAAACACCAGCAAAAUGAAGAUUCACGAGAGAAGGGGAAGAACAGCCUGGAGGAGAGGGAGCCCAGGCCGCAGGAUGUGAACCCUGGUGAGAAGGAGUAUCAGGAGCAAGCAGAGAGCAACGAGAUCAGGGACACAGAGGAUGCUCAGCGAGAUGAAGCUUUGGACAACCACACCAGUAAAGACUUCAGUGAGGAUGAGCAGCAGCAGCAGGAGGAUGAAGAGGAGCAGCCCAGGGACCCCAGGGACAGCCUGGAGCUUGAGGAUGAGGAAGAGCAACCAUCCAGGAAGGACCAGGAGCAGAGCAGGGAGGCAGCAGGGGAGCAUGGGGAGCGGGAGGAUGACAGAGGAGAUGAUGCUACAGAGGAGGACCCUACCGAAGCAGAGAGGUCACUUGAUUUGGCUGAGGAGGACAAGGAGAUGCAGGGAGAUGACAAUAACGACGCUCUGGGAUUUGGCAAAGAUGAGCGGAGCUCUGAGGAGGAGGAGGAAGAGGAAGAGCAGCCCCGGGUACUGAGAGGAGGAAGGCAUCACCUGGAGGAUGAGGGGAUGCAGGGUGAGGAGGAUACCUUCCAGCCCAGGGACACCAAAAGUGAGGAGAUGGAAGAGGAGUGGGAAGACUCCAAGAGGUGGAACAAAAUGGAUGAGCUGGCCAAGCAGCUGACAUCAAAGAAGCGCAUGGAGGAAAAUGAUAGUGGGGAAGACCCAGACAGGUCCAUGAAAAUGGCAUUUAGAUCCCACAAGUAUGACUUCAAUAGUCCAGAGGAACAUGUGAGAAGGUCAUGGAAGCACCACUCUAAAGAGGAUAGCAGUGAAGGAGGCUUCCCACUUGCUCCCAUGCCCGAAGAGAAGAAGGAUGAAGAAGGCAGCGCUAACAGGAGAACAGAGGACCAGGAGCUGGAGAGCCUGGCCGCCAUUGAGGCUGAGCUGGAGCGUGUUGCCCACAAGCUGCACGAGCUGCGGCGAGGCUGAGGGCCCGGCCCUGCCC